AUGGUCGAAAGUGGUGUCCCCCAGGGUUCAGUACUGGGACCCAUUUUGUUCCUUAUCUACGUGGACGAUGCCGCAAGAGAUUUGGACUGUGAAGUAGCAAUGUUUGCGGACGACAUGAAGAUAUGGAGUGUAAUUCGUGGUCCUGCCGAUGAAGACAGACUGCAGAUGAACCUGAAUCGGUUGGAGGAGUGGUCAAACCGUUGGCUUCUGCGGUUCAACGUUGCCAAAUGUAGCAUACUUCGCCUAGGCAACACAGCCAGAUCCGCCAGCACAAGAGGCUACUUUCUGGGCGGUGCAGCCCUACAAGAGGUCGAAGCCCAGAAGGACCUCGGUGUGCUUACGACGAGUUCCCUAAAACCAUCCGCCCACUGUUCGAGGGUGGCAAAAACCGCAAUGUCCGUACUGUACGCCAUUAAGCGUGCGUUUAUGGACUUUGACGAAGAAGCCUUCUCUAAGACAUUCGGAACAUUCGUCCGGCCGCAUUUAGAGUACGGCAUACAAGCUUGGAGGCCGUGGGCUGUUGUGGAUCAAAACUGCCUCGAAAGAGUCCAGAGGAGAGCCACGAAGAUGGUUAGGGGUCAAAGCUCCUUUCCUUAUGCGACCCGCCUAGUAAAUCUGAAACUCUUUCCUUUGAGUUACAGGCAACUUCGCGGAGAUCUCUUGCAAGCCUUCCGCAUUGUAAAGGGGUUGGAUUGCAGUCUGGCCUUGGAGGACUUUUUUGAAUUCGCUACCACGACCAACCUCCGAGGUCACCCGUUAAAACUGCGCACUCAGCAGGCACGGCUGGAUGUGCGGAAGUUCUCCUUCUCGGUUCGGGUGGUCAAACCGUGGAAUGAGCUUCCCGCAGAUGUUGUGAUGUCACCAUUCAUACAAACUUUUAAAAAGAAUCUGGACAUAUUUAUGUUCCGAAAUGACCAAGAGCGAUGAGAAGUCGAGCUCACCCCCUGUAACUCCUUCUCAUUUUGUCCCACCAUUAUGGGCGUGUUCGAACUAUUUCAGCCCAGAACAUCUAUCUGUACACCACACAUUUUUUACGUUGCAAAUAGGGUACUCAAAGGCUUACGCCUAUUUCCCUCAAUAAACUGAACUGAACUGAACUGAACUGUAUACUAUCCGAACUCGAAAAUGCAUGCUCAUUGAGAAUUUGCGGCGCUUCUCCGCGACAGCUGCUGCAAUGAAUAUUGAUUCAAACGGUGGGUCGACUUUUACAACAGGAUUGUUACAAGUGCGAGCACGAAAAUUCAGCUCCCUGGUAAAUAUGUAAACAAAGAACUGUUUCAGGCCUUCAAGUUUCCGGUCAUUUUUAAAGAAUUCUCCGCCACUCCUAAAUUCUGAAAGAUGGUCUUUGUUUUUAAGUGCCUGUUGAUAAAAUAGAAUAAAAUCUCAUUGGUCUGCUGAAUGAUUUUGGAUAUACAGCCCUUCCCUAUCCAACGUAUCCAUGUUUUCACAACAUCUUUUUAUGAUGAAAUUCUUCGGGGUUGCGUGGUAGGUCGGUUUCCCUAAAUUUCUCCCAUUGCCUAUUUUUCUUCCGUAACUGUCGACCAAGAUCACUUUUUAAACUGGCAGAGCGGCUAGUUAUUUUAACUUCCCUGGAAAACAAGACCAAAGCAGACCCAGUGAACUCUUUCUAAACGAUCCUAUCCACUUUCUGAGUCUCCACGAGCAACACCCCGAUUUGGUGGACAACAACACAAUUCUGAUCAUGCUAAAAUCUGCUUUAUUUAUAUUCCGCUGACACUCAGAAUUCAGCGAAUUAUCCCAUUAUAGCGUGCUAUGAUCGGACGUCCUGAUUGGUGUACUACAACACACUUCGUCAACGUGGGAGUAAUCUUAGCUGAAGACUAGAAUCGGAUAACUGGUUCUCUGGUUCACUUCAAAUCUCGCUCAUUCUCUAUAUUUUGUUCCAAAGCAGGUUACGUGUGAGGUCUACUCGCUUGGAGUCGACGGAACUAUCAAAAAAAGUAACUCCUUUUGGCUUGUCGUUUUUUGUCCAAGUGGGGGAACGACUCAGUAGUGCACUGGCUUAUUUGAUGACCUGUAAACUGUCCGUAAUUCCAAAUUGUCCGCAUUUAUCUUCUUUAUCCUUAUCCGGACGAGCUCACAUUCGAUACGCAGGGUGUGCGUUCAUUCAACCGAUGAAAUUUAUGACCAUAGAUACGCAAGUUCAAUCCUUUUUUCUAAUACAUCCAAUUCAGACCGAUGACGCAACGCAUUGCUUAAUGACAGUUAAGUCAAUUUAUUAAGGGGAGGAGGCUUUCGCCCUUUACCUCCCUAUUCAUAUCCAAAACAGCAAUGGAAUUAAUUGCUACGCCAGCAAUUCUAGAAAGUCAGGAGUCAUCAGUGUGCGUGAGCUAGGCGCAAACUGCCGCCGCAGACACAGGUGUGAUUAUAUGUAGAGCAAUUUCCCAGCAAAUAGGCGUUUAGUCUGCGUUUAAGGAAUUCAGCAGUUACGGAAAGAAUCCUCACAUCAGGUAGUUCGUUCUAGGCCCUAAUGAACCCUGCAAGAAGGCCUUCCCGUGUUCAAAGGAGACUGACAGUGCCCACGAGGUGCUAUAAUAAAACUAUUCUGUUCUCUUCUAAGGGCCAGCGUUCUCUACAGUUUAAGGGAAUGACCACGCAAACGAUCCGUCUCAGCCCAUUCAAAGAAUUCAUCAAAGUUUGGGACACACUCAAGGCCUCCGACCAUCCGGUAGGUUUGAAUGAGGUCGUCGAGCAGUUGCCUGAGACUGAAAGAAACAGACUUCUCUGAUCCAAUCUUGUAACGUAAAUCAGAUGAUCAAGACUCUUCAACAUCUUCGUACACAUCGCCAGAACUCUUUCCAUUUGCUGAUAAUCCCUCCUUAACCACGGUCGCCGGGCCUGGACGGCAUACUCUCAGUGAGACCGGAAGAAUCCUCCCGUAGGUUUUUCCAAAUAGCCACUUAUCGCUCUGCACAAAUUCUCACCUCAGCGCAAGUCGCAUCCGUACCGCGCGUUUGGCUGUCCUGUGACACUAUGACGAUGGUUUAGGUGAGGAAAUCAUUAUGACGUCAAGGUUCUUCUGUUCCUCAGCAUCUUAAAGGGGUGCCCAUUAAGGAGGUAUCGAAAGGAAUCAUUCUCCCUACUGUCCCUACUGAUGCGGAGUCUCCGGAUCGAACAUUUGUCCACAUUAAAGUUUAGAAGCCAACGAAAUGACCAACUACUCAGUCGGCUGACACUCUCUUGGAGCGCGUGCCUGUCUGCGUCCGAUCUGAUGACUUUCUACAAUUUAACAUCGUCAGUAAACAUGGCAGCGCUGCAUUCCAAGUCUUCGACACAGUCGUUAAUGUAAGCUAGGAAUAUCAACGGCCCAAGACUGAGCUCUGGAGGACACCACUCAGAAGGGGGAGGUCAGUUGACUUCAAGACAUUGACACGCACGGUUCCUGAUCUCCCUGUAAGAAAAUAAGUGAUCCAUGCCAGCAGUUUCUCCUUAUUUCAAUUUCAGACAGUUUGUGGACUAGGUUUCGACCUCAAGCGGUCGGUUGAUGAUCAUAGCGGGAUCGUCUGUUUUCGACAUCUGCUGGUGGUUUCAUUGGUCAGAAAGGAAAUGUCACGGUAACAUCCCCCGUACGUUUUAUUGGCCGCCUCAGCCUUUGAUGUCCCCUACUCGGCUGGACUCUAGGCGGACUGUGGCCUAUCGCGUCUAGCUUCCUCUCGUCCCGCCGCCUUGACGGUUGCCCCCUUUGUCACUGCAAACUAUUAUAAUCAUAUCUGCUACAAAUAAUCUCUACGAGCUUAGAAAUUCCACCUUGACGAUGUCUGUUUUGGACCCUUAUAAUUUACUAUUAAACAGGACGGUCCUGUCCGAUCCGCAUAUUCACCUUUCCAUGAAGGACAGUUUUUGUCCUUCAAAAAUGCUCAAAUCACAUUCAUUUUUGCCUAUUUACUUUAAUUUAAUUUAUUAAAUGCCAGUUUACAAGCAUUGUCAAGGGAAGCGAUUAAACACAAAUCCGACCAGCAGUAAAAAAAAACUCCUGAAGAAUAAAAAUAUAGUUGAUGUUGGUUUCCAUGGUUUGAAGCGUUCAGGAGGUAAUCCGCUGUUUGCUAACCGUUUUGCAUACAAGGCUGCCUAUCUUAUAAGGUCAAGGUCAAGGUCAAGGUGCGCAGCUCAAUUUCAAAGAUAAACGAAGCUUUGCAUUUAUCUGGAUAUUCUUAAGCAAUUAAUGCCUGUUUUUUACUUGAGUCCCUUUUAAAAGUCACCUUUCAAUAUAAGGUAAUAUUUUUCCCUGUUUUGUUUGACAGUCUGGCAAAAUAGUCGUAUUUUGUAAAAAAAUCUUUGUAGUGACUCCUUUCCCUACUAUCUCUUGCUUUUCGUAGUUAAAUAACAAUAGUACUUGCUAUUCAGUACGCCUUUCCGUACAUUGGCAAAGUUUUGAUCCUUCAUCAGGAGAAAAAUGUUUUCCUCCACAAUCGGCGAACAGUGCCUCAAAUACCCCGACUCAAAACGUACCGUGUUCCCAACUGCCCCCCAGCACUCAUAUCGAGGCAGUUAGGCCGAAUAUGCCGAUUUUCCCAUCGUUUAAUAGGCCUCUUGUUCCAAUGGAAACAAUGCGUCCCCCACCCCCUAACCUGUUUCAAUCACGGCCGUUUUAUCAAUCUAUUCGUCAUCCUAAUGUCCAUACUGGACCAGUUAACUCAUCCGAUCUUCAGUUUCGUUCCGGCGGGAAUGUGUUGCAGUAUCUGCCCCGCGGAUUUCCAGCUGAAAAUAAGUUAGCUGACAUUAGUUACCAGUUUACCCGCCCGUCAUUCCGUCCCCCAAGUCCUACCCCUUUUUAUCCACGUCAGAAUUUUUUGAUGCCACAAACGUUUUUGCAAAACCGGACGGUUGCAUCCGGACAGUUUGCUCCGUGGGCAGCCCAGAACUGGACGAUGUAGCUCACCUCCCUAAAAAACUAACAGCCGUUACUUCAAACUUUUUGUUUUAAAUGCCAGAUCCUUGCUUAAUAAGAUGCCUUUGCUUCAGACUCAGGUGUUCGUCCAUUGUCUUGAUAUUGUUUUAGUAACUGAGAUGUGGGCAUUAGCCUCAGUAGCUGACUCCGAACUCUCUCUUCAAGGCUACAAUUGCAUUCGAAAUACUCGCCAAAAUAGCCGUGGUGGUGGCAGCUGCGUCUACGUUAAGAAAACACUUACAUUUUUGCCGGUGGACCUCCCGCACUUUUCAGCAGUAGAAGGCAGCUGCUGGCUCCAGGUUGUACUAAAAAAUAAGUUCUCCUUACUCGUUGGCUGCGUCUAUCGCCCUCCCAACGCCAACGACAAUUUUGAUCGUUUACUCUCACAGGCAUUUCAUGCUGCGGCCGACUGAAGCUUUAAGUAUCAAUUGGUUGCGGGUGACUUUAAUCUUUCUGAAGUCCGCUGGUCUCCGCUUCAGGCCCCAGAAGGUUCGAUGACUUUCUUGAGGCUGUGGAUGUUAGGGAUGUGGAAUCAGGUUGUCGAUUUUCCCACCCGAGGCUCAAGUAUACUUGACCUAAUUUUCUGUAGAGGCUGCUUGCCAUCGUCAGUGUCAUCCAUAGGCCCACUCGGGGGCUCAGACCAUGACAUAGUUGUUUCAACGUUGGAAUUCGAGGCUGACAAAACGUUGUUCCAAAGUAUAACUUUUUCCGCGAUUUCCGAUUAACUCGCUCAAGCGAAUUAUUAAAACACCUUAAUUCCUACGACUGGACUGAGUUCUUCCUUAGUUCGGAUGUAAAUGUUUGUACUGCAAAACUGUACGAAAUGUUGGGUCCGCUUAUUUCUCGUUGUGUCCUCCGUAGGAAAAUUAUUAAUGUUGGGGAUGAGGUUUUCCUACCCUUACCCUUUCGUCGCAGAUUGCGCAGGCAGUAUCGUCGAUUCCAUCUGCAGAACGAUGUUUCUGUUCUGCCCUUGAUUUGUGAUAUUUUUGAUCGAGCUAAGAGAUUGUCUGAAGAAAAACAGCUAGCCGAAGAGGUCCACUUUACCGGAAACCAUUCGUUAAAUGUCUCGAAACUUUUCUCUAGAAAAAUACGAACUCAGAGAAAGACACACUAUCCCAUCCUUCGAGACGCUCUCGGAAAUCCCAUAGUCCAUGCCCAGUUAACCGCUGAUAGCCUCAAUGAUUUCCUGUCCAAAACGUUUAUUGAAGACUCGACCACUCCGCUUCCCACCAGCCAGGCAUUGACCGGGACAGUCCUAGAAACUAUAACUUUCACUCUGUGGGAUGUGACUGUUGCGAUUCGGCGUUUUCGUCAAUCCUAUAGUCCAGGACCUGAUGGUGUCCCUGUAAGCAUUUUAAAAGCCGAUGCAAACACGAUCUUCCCAUCCCUCUUAUGCAAGAUAUUUAAACUCGCUCUUGAAAGUGAAAUUUAUACUACAUUGUGGAAGGAAUUACACAUUUUGCCCAUUCAUAAGCACGGCAAAUCUACAUCAUUUGAUGACUUUCGGCCGAUAAACGCCCUCCCCGCAGUUUCGAAGAUCUUAGAGACAUUGAUCAAAGAUAAGAUGAUGUGUCACUUAACAGAGAAUAACAUACUGAGUGCUGCUCAGCAUGGAUUCCUCAAAGCUCGAUCUUGUGACACCUGUCAACUCACUUUCUUUGACUAUGUUCUCCAAUCUAGGGACAAUAGUUUUGCACUUUACACAGUAUAUUCUGAUUUCACUAAGGCUUUUGAUUGUGUUGACUAUGCUCUUCUUCUCUUGAAACUGUGCUCUCUCGAAAUAGGUGGCAAACUUUCAAACUUUAUACCCUCUUACCUGGACACUCGUACACAACGAGUUAAGAUUUCCAAUACUAUCUACAACCCCACACGUGUAAGGAGUGGAGUCAUUCAGGGUAGUGUACUCGGCCCACUUCUCUUUUGCCCUUUCAUUAAUGAUGUGCCCGAUUUAUUUCAGAAUGGUGAGCCUUUCAUGUAUGCCGAUGAUCAUAAAGUUACAUAUCGAUAUACGCCGGCAGAUCGUGACAUGGUGCUUCAUCUCCUAAAGAUCGACCUACAGGCUUUUGCCCAACGGUGCCGCACAUGGCACCUUUCUCUUUCUAGGCAUAAGUGCUCAGUCAUGGUGGUUGGCGACGACCGCCAACCUCAACUAAGUAUUGAUGGUCACGCCAUAAAUGUGCCUGGGGUAAUUAAGGAUCUGGACGUAUCAUACUCUAAGAGUCUCAAUCUGUCGGAGCACUGUGCCUUGAUAGUCUCCAAAGCACGUAGAACGACCGGGUUUAUCCUCCGAAACUUUAAAACUACGGACAUUAGAAUGCGCCUUUUCAACAUGUACGUUCGACCUGGCCUGGAAUACUGUUCGUUUUUAUUUAGUCUCAUGCGUGCUACUAAGCGGAGGAAAAUAGAAUCCGUUCAACACUUUUUACCAAGAGAAUUUUAGCCGCGGAACACCGACAUUUGUCUUACCGAGAACGUUGCCUGCUUACAGGCCUUGAUCCUUUAUGGUUCGGUAGAUUAAAAAGGAGACUAUUUUUGCUAUUUAAGCUCCUAUAUAAUCACACAUUUCACCCACACACCUCUUUAAAGCAUCAUAUCCACCCACGACUUAACAGUCACCGUGAGGUUUUUUCAUUUCUGCCUCUGGCACGUACUGUUAAAUAUCGUCAGUUCUAUUCUGUAAGUGCAAUUGCUGUUUGGAAUAAACUUCCCAUGAGUGUGAAAACUCUGCAAAAUUAUCCUGUAUUUAAGAGAACUAUUACUCGAUUUUUGCAUUCAGAAAAUCUCCCACAAAUUUUGGGUGCUGAAAACUCUGAUCGACUGUACCGUAGCGAUGGCGUUUGUGGUCUCUGAACACUAUGGCCGGUCUCAUCGGGGACAAUUUCUUUGGCCAACUGUGACAGCUGUUUUUCGACGCCUCUAUUUUGACUAUCCCCAACCUCAUGAAAGGAAUUGGCGCAUGGUAGUCUUCGAUACCGUGCCGCCCAUCCUUUCUUGACGGUCAUAAGUUUGUCACCGGCAGUUUUUUUCUCCUGAACCCUCCAAACCAUGAAAACCACCAUCAACUAUAUUUUUAUUCAUCUGGAUUUUUUUCACUGCUUGUUGGAUUUGUGUUUAAUCGCUUCCCUUGACAAUGCCUGUAAACUGGCAUUUAAUAAAUUAAAGUAAUUUAAAUUAAAUUAAAUCUACGACCCUUCAUUGCCUGGAGCAAAUCCAUGCCGACUUGCUUGAUAUCUUGCCUUGGAGCUUAAAAUGGCUAAUGGAAUCCUCUCCGUCUCAAUGUCGCUACAUGUGUUUCGGACCUGAUAGGCUACGACAACCAGUGCUUUUCCAAUGCAUACCCAUGACUGAAUGUACCAUAAUCAAGGACUUCGGUUUAAGCUAAAAGAAUAAUCUCGAUCUCCCGCCACACGCUGACAGACUUACUGUCAAAGCUGCCCAGCAUUGGACGUUAUUUCUUACCAUUUCCGUCUUCCUGAAAUUAAAUUAAGACUUUUUCGUAUGUUUGUACUUCCCGUUCUCGAGUAUCGUUGUCCAUUCUUCGGUUUGGUAAAUGAGGCUAGUUGUUUCAAAAAUUGCAUAUGUUCAAAAACACUUUACUAGAAGACUUUUAUGUACGGAACAUCCAAAUAUCUUCUACUCAGAUAGAUGACAGAUAACAAAUCUAAAAUUUUAUGGGUUCGAAGACUAGAAGCAGGCUUCUGUCUCCUCUUUCGCAUUAAUAAUAGUUCAAAUCUUCCUCGAAUUUCAGCCCUCACCCGUAAUAGUCGCCCAUGCAAUCUUCGCAAUUCAUUCUUGAUCAUACCUCCUCUCGCUUUCUCCACCUCUAAGCGCUCUCUUUUUUUCGUUUCCAGAUAUGCUUUCCUCUGGAAUAACCUUCCAAUAAAUAUAAGAUCAUGAGGAGGAGGGAAACUUAUUGUCCUACACACUCUUAAGGGAAGGCUGCGCCCUUAUCUGAAUAGUGACUUGAUUAAACUUUUAUUUUACUCAUCCUCCCCAGACAAUUUUAUCUAUGACGCUGAGGAAAGGCGCCGCCAUUAAAUUGUCGUGUCCUCUCACAUUUCCUGUUUUUCUGUGCAGUACCGUUUUCUGGGAUCCCUCAUCAGGAAUGUUAAUUUUUAGAUUUUUUUAUGUAUCGCGUCCCUUACAUAAUGAUAUACAUUUCCUAAGAAAUUGUCUCAAAUAAAUAGCUUGACUAUGUUGACGUAAACCUCCUAAGCAGCCUCAGUUUCGCCGACUACCGACGCUCAUCUGAAUUCCGCUCCGGGCACCGCGAUUUCGAACCCUCGCCUCCCCCGUCAUUGUUGAGUUUUGCCGCUCUUGAGGCCAUCUCCACAUUUCGACCCCAAGCCGCCUAUCGACGUUCUUGGCUGAACCCUCUGUAUUCGCCAUCUACUAAUAGUUUGGUCGAAUCUCCCUUGCCUCCUCCUCGGCUGGAUUUGUAGCGGAUUGUGACCGAUCAGGUUUGGGUUCCUCUCUCCUCACCACUUUGACGUGAAUGGCCUUAUCCGGCAUAUGAAUUCUGCCUUGAUUAUGUCCGUUUCGGAGCUUUUACUCAAACCCGCAUACAGGCCAGUCCUGUCUGACCCGCAUACUUACACCUUAAUGGAAUCCGUUAUACACUGUCACAUGCAGGUCGGUCCUGCCCACCUUUUAUUCUUUCAUGAACAACGGUUUUUCCCCUAUGAUGUUAAUCCAAUCCCAUUCAUUUUGUUUUUUUUUCGAUACGAGUUUUUCCCCUGCUCGCUCACUACUCUUCUUAACAGACUACCCAUUCAACAAGUGGGAAUUAGAUAUUCUACAGAUUCUGUCUACCAGUUCUCAUAUUAAUGCAAAAAUUAAUUCUUACCUGAUAUUAUCGGAUCCCCAUGGGUCUUGAAUAAAAAUUAAUAUCAUUACAGACAGUCUGAGCCUGAAUUAAAUAUACUGCGAUCUCUGAGAAUCUUUUUUUUUGAAAGAAUGCCACUCAAAUGAAUCAAUUGCUUUUUUAAUGGGGACUAUUUUCAUUUUUCGUGUACAGCUGUGUCUAACGAGCUGGCAUGUAAUCAAUAGGGUCUCCAGGGCCUUGCUUAUUAUCCUUACACAAUAAAGUGACAUAAACCGAGCCGCAUAUGGACGACUAUUCUGAAGAUCUUGACUUCGAUACAUCUGGAUUUGCAGGUGAUAUAAAAUUUGGAAAAAAUAAUCUGUGCUUACGAGAAGCAGAAAUUACAAGAAAAGGCUGAUAACAUGGCUAAAUGGUCUACCUUUGACUUCAAACGUUUGAUGUAUCCAAAGAUGUAGUCUUAAGCUUAAAAUUUGGCGGAGAGUUUUCUCAAAAGACCAGGGCUGUUUAAAUCGGACUCAUUUUGAAUACUGUGAUAUACACGACUACCUAGGUACCUGAACUGCUUCGAACUUUCCGCUUUGUGAAUGAUGCAGAGUAUCCGUUCAAAAGACAACGAGCAUCAUGCACUUGAUUGAGCGUGCUUUUGUAGUCUUCUCUCCCCACCAUGGAUAGGGUUAUCAAGGGCGCCUGGGACACGACUCUCCUCUGCACACAAGUGAUCCAGAGGCCUGGGUCACCGGGUGAAGUCGUCACAUCAUUUGCAAAUCCACCGAAUCAAAUAAUUUGUUUAAAUCGGCUGAAUAUCAAGUCACACUUCUACCUUGGAUGCCACUAUCGUAGUUGAGACCUGUAACACAUAGGCCAUAUUCCUCAUUUAACAAACCAACCAUUUUAACCCCUACGGUUUAAUCGAAGUAACAGAUCUUUUAAGUUUUGCUGGCUCGGAUGCAGAUGGAAUACGUGAUUUAAUAUUUUGCUUGUUCUAUCUAAGUGAAAACACUUAGUUCAUCAUUUUGGAGUUAACCGUCCUCUGUCUUUUGCUUUAGUCAGACAGUCAGUGCAUUUGAGAAAAAUAGCCUCACGCCUUUGAACUCCCUAUUUGAACAUGAAAUAAUCGAUUAAAUAAGCAAAAUGUGAAAAACUUACAGCAUUAAUUGAAUGCAGACAUUUAUUCACAUAGGUCACUGGUCUCAUGGCUAAAAAGUCACAAAGUCCGCUUGUUGCUGUCGACAUUUAAGUGUCUUCACAGACUGAGACAUUAAAAUUUUCUCAGGAAGGUUAUUUCACGGUUUCAGGACAUGUUUGGGAAAGAAAUACUUUCUCACAUUCAAUCCACCCUGGAACACACGUAGGUUGAGGGGAUAUCCCCGGAGGUUACUCGUGGUGGCGAGUUCGAAAUAGUCGUCGCACCGAAGGGCCCAGUCCACGCCAACCAUGAUACAGAAGGUUUAUAUUAAGUCUCCGUGCAACUGCCUAUAACUGAGAGGAUAGAGAUUAGAGUUAGUUAGGCAGAUCUCCCAUGGCAGUGCAGCUUAAUCCCUUUUUGAUUUUGUUGCUAACCUCUGCACCCUUUCGAGCAGAUUGGAAUCCAGCUGCUUCCACGGUCUCCAGGCCUGAAUUGCAUAUUCGAGAUGCGGCCCUUGAAACGAGUCGAAGACUUUGGAAAAACAGUCUUCAUCGACAACUGCGAAUGCCCGCUUGGUGGCAUAUAGCUUUGAUGUUGCGGCCUUGGCCGCCUUCCAACAUUGUGAAAAACGGUUUAGGCUGUCCGAAACCCAGACUCCGGGAUCUUUCUGUGUUUCUGCUUCUCGAUGUGGCAUUUCGUCCAGAUGGUAUUGCCGCGUACUACGGGUCUGAGUUCCGAGGCGCAGUAUGGUACAUUUGUAUAAAUCGAAAAACAAGAGCCAUCGGCGGGACCACUCAUCCAAUUGACAAAGAUUUACUUCGAAGUUAGUCUCAUCGGCAGCAUUUUGGAUGGCUUUCGAGAUUUGUAUGUCAUCCGCAAACAUGGCACUAUCACAGACCAACCCAUCAGCAAAAUCAUUGAUGAACACGAGAAAAAGUGUUAGUUCGAGCACUAAGCCUUGAGGGACUGCACCCUCUGCGAAGGUGCGCCUUGAUUGCUGUUGUUCUACGCAGAAAAUCUGGGAACAGCCUACGAGGAAAUUGUCGAUUCAUUUGAAAAGUUUGCCGCAAGUGAUUACUGCCAGACUCACAUCUGUUCUCUACGCUACAGAAAGAACUGACUUUUAUUUUUCCCUAUUAUCCCCUCCGCAAACCAGCCUGGUUUAAGUGGAACCUUGUCGCACAAUACCCUGAUUUUCAUGUCAUCUCUUGUUUAAACAAAUAAAAAGGGGAAGUAAGUUGCCACCUGCGCGAUAAUGAAUCGUUUUGUCAAAUAUAAUUUUCCCGUCCCGGUGAAAAAAAAGCCUUAUCCACCGGUAAUUUUGGCAAAAUGUGCAAGCUUUAGGAUUCUGAUGAAAAAGAUGACGGAUAUCUUUCCUGUGCAAAGACGCAGGAUAUUUCUGAACACCUUAAGUCGGGGAAUCUACCAGAUGCCUGUCGAGCUAUGGCAAAGCCCGAGAUCUCAAGAGAACUCCAGUCCCUUAAAAUGUUAUAUGAAGAAUUCCCUCCAAUUUACGAGACAAAAAAUAAUGAAAAGUACGUGACGACUGUUCGCGAAACGCAGUCCACUGUAAUGGAACUGGGGACCUUAGGCUGUGAUAUAAAAAUGGAGUUGUUGCAACGUGCGGCCCGUCGAAGGCCUCUUUGUCACGUACGAAAAGACAUUCUUGAUCAGACGGCGCGAGAACUCUUGAGACAGGUGAGGUAGCAAUAGACAACAUUUGGAGGAAAUACGUGAAACCAUUACUCUCGGAGAAUUGGGAAAAAACCUUUUUAAAACAGAUAGACAGAGUCUCCUUCAUUUUUUGCAUUUAGCCACUUCAACGUUAUAUUUCGCCUUGUUUGUCAAACGUGUGCAUGGUCUAGGUUUUACCACAGAUGCAUCAUAAAACACAAAACUAAUAUCAUUUACGUACGCAAAUGAUAAAUACGUAUUUAUCCGUCUAAUUAAGUUCAACAUUCUGAUAACAACAAUUGCUGCCGCUUUUUAAGCAAUGCCCGUUAUCACUCUGAUAUUCCCGUAUUAUCUCAUUAAAGGCCGCGUACCCGAAAAUAAUUUUGCGAAAAUCAUGAACGAGAUGUAAACUCCAGGUUAAAUUAAUGAAAACGGUAAAAGUACGAAGUGUAUAAAGCUAUACAAUGAUCCAUAUGUAUAACUGGUACAGUCCGCAAACCUAUUCUUGUGACCGUUCCAUGCUUUUGGUCAGCCAUGUAUUAUUGAGACAGAGACGAACAUAUUGAAAGAUGGUCGAACGCGAAAUUAUCAAACUUGCGCAUUUAGAUGAAGCUAUAGGUGAAUGCUAUAAAAAUCGUUCCAAAUCCUUCGGUUUAAAGGGAUUGUAAGCUUUAUUUGUUGUUUGUAAAAAUCCACAAGAAAACAAUAAGCAAAACUCUUGCUAUUUCAUGGAUGUUUGAAAAAAUUAGAAGAUUACCAAUACUUGAAUUUUGUCCUUAUAACUUACAAUGAGGUGUGCAACAUCUGGUCUAGGCAUGAUCCUGCACAACAAUGCCCAUAAACGCUUAUGAUUAAUUUCCGUUUCUUCGAAUAUAAAAACUUUCUAAUUUCUAAGGGACGUGUAACUUAAAACAACAGUUUUCUAGAUUUUGCUUAAGACAAUAUUUAUUCACUGGCGCAUUGUGGUGACGCAUUUGGCUCAUUAAAGCAAAGGUUAUCUGCUGCUUCGUAAGCAUUUACUAACUACUCAGCACCCAACCACUGUUGUGCGGUAGGUUGUCUCACAUAUGAGCUAUAUGAAAUAUUAUCGUCCCUUUACUGUAAAUCCCCGUUUUUAAGUCUUAAUAAGAUAAGUACAGAUUUUAUUGCAAGCUGAAAUGUUGCGAAAGAAUUUUCCGCAUUGAGAAGUUAGAACUCGAAGUUUUAAUAAAUAUUGGCAUUUAUAAAUAAAGGAAACGGUUGACAUUUCUGUAAUUGCUACUAUUUAAAACUUUGCCUGCAAAAAGGAUAAAUUCUUCCAUACUUGCCCCUCUCUUUCUUGUCCACUGUUACACAGUCAAUUUAUGUCGGUCAUGUUGAGAUACUCGUAGAAAAGUAAUUUUAUAACAAUAAGGAGCUUACAGACGGUUGAAAAAAUAUUUGCAACAAUCAACUUUCCUAUUCAAAUAGACGAUUAACUAAAACAUUCUUUCGAAUUAUCCCAGAAGAAAAUGUCGAGAACUCGCUAUCACUAGCUCUCCAGGCAAGCCGCAGCGUUGGAAGGACAGUUGGGGAGAUCUACCCUUUUCCUGUCUUCAGCGGGAGAAAGUAAAAUAUGUAGUGAAUUCUGAGCGAUGAACAUCAUACUAUCGUAGACGCAGGUCGAUUUUAAAGUAGACGCAAAUAAGGUCUUCAGUUAACAGAUUGCUGAUUGUAAAGUUGAUUAUUGUAAAAAAAUUUAAAUAUGUCCUAGUGAAAUCCGCUAUAAUGUCAUACAGAGCUAUGCAGACCAUAAAAAUGUUUCACAUUUUUGCCUUAGACUUAGCGUUCAACAUUAGUUAAGUUGCCGAAUGGCUCAAAUAUUCUACACAAUUACCCAUUUAAAGCUCAUUAUCGAAUGCCCAGAAAGGGCAGUGCUAUUCAAGCAAUGCAUUCAGGAGGCAGAGAAGACCUUCGAGGCGAUUGAAGUUCUGUUACAUUUCAACGAUGCCUUUAUGUGUCGAAAAUACCUCAAGGCAAUGCAUAUUGCAAGUGAACAGAACAAAAAGGUAAGCAAAAAUAUUUGUUAGGACGAUUCUACAAGUUAAAAGACUUAUCGUUUACAUAAUUUGACUCAUGUGAAUAGAGCGUGCAUGACAUUUCUAUAUGGUACGAUGUACGAUCAUGCUGAUUAUAUUUGAAAGUGGUGACGGACGGAAUUAAUUCAUUACCUCCUUUAUUAGGUUGACAGACGUCAUAAAGUAAACUUCUUUAGAAAUGCAAUGUCGACACUCAAAUUAGCACUCAAAAAGUGCAACAAAUUAGUGGUGAAUUUGGUUGAUUCGAUAAUGUCACGUUGCACCCCUCUAAACUGUUUUGGGUUUUUCUCUAUGAAAUUUCAGAAUGAAUUGUGCCGUAAUCUCGGUCUAAUUGUAGUCAGAAGCAUUAAAUAAUGUUUAAAACUACUUGCUCUAAAAGAAUUUAUGGCAAAAAACAAGGUGUAGCCGAGUGUUUAAUUUACGCAUGUAAUGUCCAUAGUCUUUCUGCAUCUCAGACUAAAAUCAACUGUACACCGAUACCCGUUUCUUAAGUUGACUUAAAAUUUUAAAAUUUCAAAGGCAAAUAAGAACAGCUCUUUUUAGUAAGUCAGCUGCAACCUAUCGCGUGCAGUGCUUCAAAAUCACUUUUUUGUUCUUCAACGCUAUAUACUGAUUUAGCAUAAACAUUUCAGCUAAAUAAACAGGGUUUCUAAAAAUUGUAACUGAAAUCCAAAGAACGGGACGGAAAAACAUUCCAAAAAUACUCGCAGGAUGGCCAAACGGAGAUAGACAAAAUAAUAAAAGUCCACCUACUCACAGGUUUACAAUGUAACUAACUGUUGACAUUCGCGAACCCUGCAGAUUAAAGAACUCGAAGAGACCAAUAAGAUUCUUAAAAGACAAGUUUCUUUGCUGAAAACGACUGCGGAACAACUUGAAAGGAAACAUGCGGACGAAAAGACGAAGGGAGAACUUGUAAGGAAACAGCAGCUGCAGUUUUACAGAACAUUGGGUGAGCAGCUAAAGGUGAGCUCUGGUUUGACACGCAGUUCGCACCUUUCUUUCACCACUUAUACGCAUGAAAAUAAUUGUGGUUACUCAGUCAAUUUCAGUACAACAUUUACAUGUGGUUUUAUUUGAAUAACUUUCAGGCCCAGCUGGACGCCGCUGUUGCGCCAGAAAAAGAACAGUGA